ACAUGUAGUCUUAUCAGUGUAAAGAUUUGUUUAGAUUACUGCGUAUAUAAGUUACAAAUGUUUUCAUCAGUCCUGUUUAUAAUUGUUGGAUAUGUAUGUGGAGUUAAUUCACAAUCUUGUCAUCAGGGAUGGACAUAUUACCAAAAGUCUUGUUAUUACUUUAGUGACAUUACUUUAGACUGGAUAAACGCAGGGGCGUUUUGUCAAGUUCACCAUUCUGAACUUGUUGCAAUAGAAACAGGAGCCGAGAACGCAUUUAUAGAGAGCGAGGUGAAAAACAGAACAGACCCAAGUCAAGGUGGUUAUUGGUUAGGAGGAAACGAUUCAGUGACAGAAGGGGUAUGGGAAUGGACAUCUACUGACGAAGUUUUUGAUUAUACCAACUUUGCCCCCGGAGAACCAAAUGAUGUUAAUGGAGGGGAGGACUGCUUGAUGACAAGUACUGCUCUCAAUGGUAAAUGGAAUGAUGGAAUUUGCUCUACCCAUUUACAAUUCAUCUGCGAAAGAAUGAAAGAAGGACCGGUCAUUGGAUAGAUUGUUAUGACUUUUUAUUUCUGAAAUGUUUCAUGAAAUUUUAGUUUUAAAUACUAAUAAAUAUCUAGUGUACGUA